AAGAGGGACAGCGGGACCCACCCCGGCCCUGCGCGUCACUUCCGCCCGGACCUGCGCACGGGGAUCCUUCUCCCCGUCGGCGCCGGCGCAAGAUGGCCAAGCGCACCAAGAAGGUCGGGAUUGUGGGUAAAUAUGGGACCCGUUACGGUGCAUCCCUUAGGAAAAUGGUGAAGAAGAUUGAAAUUAGCCAGCAUGCCAAGUAUACCUGCUCCUUCUGUGGCAAGACCAAAAUGAAGAGGAAGGCUGUGGGUAUCUGGCACUGCGGAUCCUGCAUGAAGACAGUUGCUGGUGGUGCCUGGACUUACAAUACCACCUCUGCAGUGACAGUCAAAUCUGCCAUCAGAAGACUGAAGGAAUUGAAAGACCAGUAGAAGCUACUUCCUGUUCUCCAUGUGAAACAUCUUAUUUUCCCAUUGUCAAAAUCUGUCCUUUUACCAAUAAAAAGGUGAUAAUGGAGU